AAAAUAUACUCAUACACCGCAACAAACAUAUCGAUAUUUUACUGUCGGCAAAAUUCAUUUGUACAGCAUUUGUGUGUGUUUUUUUUUAAUUUUAAAUUUUAAUUUUGGUGUAUUUAAUUGUGGAUUAUGCAUUUUGAAAUGGACGAUUGCAUUCGAUAAUAAAUAAUUAUCAAAAUGAUGCUUUGGUACUAUAAGUUGUUAGCAUUGCGUCCGCGAUGGGUGGCAUCGAUUGUGUUCAUUUUGUCAAGUGUUUGUAUAUUUAUUGCAUUGACAUUUAAGGAAUUACCGGAUUUUACAGAUCCUGCUCUGGGAUUUGAAUCACGUGGAACUCCGAUUGCCAGUCGAUUGACUGCCUGGCAUCAUUUAUUGGAAGAACUACGACCAAGCGGUACACUCACAUCGAAUUUAUACGAAAAAACUGUGUUUCGACAAAAUUUUACCAAACCCACAAAACCUGUGAAAAAUGUUGACAAACUGCAUAAAAAACAUAAAUUGGCCAAAUUUCUUGGUGACAAAAAUAGUUCGCUUUCAAUCAAUCCAAAUAUUGUGGAUGAUUCGAAUGGUGCGGAAGAAAGCAGUGACAAGACAAGGAAAAAUGCACGAAAAUCAGGAAAAAACAAACGCAAGAAGCUAGAACAGAUGAACGAUGCUUAUUUCUGUGAUGCUCCAAAUCGUGAAUACACACACAUGGUUUUGAUGAGAUCCAAUGGAAAUUCAACUCUUUUGAAAAUGGAUGCCAUGCAAGCAAUAUGUGAACUAGAUAAAAAGUUAACCAAAAUUGAGAGCUACAGGGGAUUUUGUCAGUUGAAAGCACACUCCAAAGAAUGUUGCCGUUCGUGGAGCAUACCAAACUAUAUCGCACUUCUGUCAAAUAAAACGAGUUGUUCGGAUAUUGAGGAGAGUGAUUUAUCGCUAGCGAAUGGGCUGCUGAAUGAUUGUUACAAUUACUACAUGAACGGAAGUCUAAAAAGUGAUUGUGAAUACUUCAAGUGUUCUGUUCCAUCAAAAUGUAUGCAAUUCAAUGCGGUCUAUCAAAUCUUACAUUUUUUAACCGAUAACAAGUUUAAUGAAACAAAUAUAUUGGCGUCAACAAUGCUAUUUUUACCAAUUGCAAAAACCACCAAAAUAUUGCCAUAUUAUUAUGAUAUUGUGCCAGCGAUCGAAAAUAAUGAGGUGAUUUCAGUGGUUGGUAUUGAUAUGGGAUUGAAAAAUGAAUUGUUUGAUGAUUUGCUAUUCUCAAAUGGUUGCUGGUUGAUCGGCUUGGGUGCUAUCUGUGUCUUGAAAUGUAUUUUAAUAUAUACAAAUUCAAUUUUGAUCACAAUUUCGACGGUGAUUGCAAAUGUCCUUUCGGUUGGUGUAGCCUAUUUUGUGUAUCAAGUCGUUCUUCAGCUUCCAUAUUUUCCGUUUAUGAAUCUAUUGGCAAUUAUCGUAAUUGUUGGUAUUGGUGCCGAUGAUUGUUUUAUUUAUGUGAAAGAAUGGCGUUUAUCUGCCGACGAAUGGGAUACAACAGCAAAACACUUACCCAAACGAAGUGCGAAAAAGUUAAUAUUUUUGGUGACCAACACAAUGGAGCAUGCAGCAAAAUCAAUAUUCGUCACAUCCUUGACUACGGCACACGCUUUUAUGGCAUCUUAUUCCAGUCCAAUUACAGCCAUUCAGUGCUUUAGUAUAUAUGCUGCAACUGUAAUUAUGGUAAACUACGUAUUGAUGAUGACCUGGCUGCCUGCCACUGUCAUAAUUGUUGAAGAAAUGAAUAUGCAAUUGUGUAAAUGUUGGCAGUCGUACGUCGAUUCGAUAAAUGUUUUGAUCGAACGGUUCGGAAACUCAAUGGAACAGGCUAUUAUUCGUGUGGUUAAGAAGUUCAAAUUUAUAUUUCUUGUUAUUUUUUUUAUAAUUGGCAUAUCGAGUGGAGUCAUUGUGUUAUAUUAUCCAAAAUUAAAGCCGCCAGAUUCACAAACAUUUCAAUUAUUGAAUAGUCAUCACCACUUCGAAUUGUACGACAGCAAAUAUCGACAUUGGUAUCGGUUUGAAAAAAGUUUUACGGAAGCUGAAACAUUUAAAUUGCCCAUUCGAUUUGUGUGGGGCAUUGAUGCAAUAGAUGACGGCAACCACUUGAUACCGUCUUCAAAAGGUUCGUUGCAUUUGCAACAAAAAUUGAACUUAUCGUCGAUCGAAGCCCAACAAUGGAUGCACCAUUUCUGCAGUACUAUUAAGCAGCAAAGUUUUUUUCAAUCAAAUAAUGUGCCCGGUAUUUUGUCGAGUUGUUACAUCGAAAACUUAAUUGAAAACAUGAACAAACGUUGUUACGAUCCAAUGUCAAAUUCAAGUCGAGCUCCAUGUUGUGAAGAAGAGAAAUUUCCAUACAAACCUGAAGUGUUCGAACGAUGUCUACCUGAAAUGAUAUCUUCUCUACAUCGAUCCCGUUACAUUUUCAUUCCAGGCGUAUCGGGUCCGAAAUUCGAACGAAUUUCUGCACUCGAAUCGAAAAACGAAACAUUAACGGAAUCUGAGAGUCAUUCAUCAAUCCGAGCUCUGAUCAUAGAAUACGAAAGCACUCAACCGUUCAGUACAUCGUACACGGAGAUGAAGAAUUUUUCAAUUGGCAUUGAAAACUGGUUUAAUGAUAUGCUGAAAAGUGCACCGGAUUCGUUGAAAUCAGGCUGGUUUACAAGUGAACUCGGUUUUUUCGAUUUGCAGCAGACAUUGUCGUCGGGAACAAUAAUUGGAGCUGCCAUCGCAAUUCUUUCAUCGCUAAUUGCAUUGCUAUUAUUUACAAUGAAUGUGCGCCUAAGUUUGUAUGCUGUAUUAACCGUGAUAUUUACAAUUUUCUCAACGAUGGCUGUGUUAGUGCUGCUCGAAUGGAAACUUAAUAUAUUGGAAUCGAUAGCGGUAAAUACGGCAAUCGGUCUUGGCAUCGAUUUUGUGCUGCAUUACGCAUUAAACUAUCAGCUGAGCGAGAAAAAGGAUCGAAAAUCAGCCACUGAAUAUACGCUAACGCAUAUGAUUGGUCCAACGCUAAUGGCGGCUACAACAACAAUAAUUGCUGCCGUUUUCUUGUUCUUUUCAAGUGUGCUCGCGUACAAACAAAUUGGAAUACUUUUAUUAGUCGUAAUGACGGUCAGUUGGCUGUAUGCUACAUUUUUCUUUGCCAGUCUAUUGUGGAUUAUUGGACCCGAAAAACGAACAAAUACUCGGCAAACAAAUCACCAAGAUGAUGCGCAGGCAAUGCAACAUUUGAAUGAUAUUAAAUCAAACACCCGAAAAACUACUCACUGGAAUAAGACUGAAAAUGAUACGAAAACUUAGAUAGAAGCAGCAUAGAUUAAGGACUGGUUGGUGGUGUCUUUUUUUUAUUUUAGUUUAUUUUUCAACAACAAAAAAAUAGAAUUUUAUUUUAUUACACAUCAAUAAAAAAUAUAUAUAUAUACAUCAACGAAUGAUCUAUAAUUCAAAGCA